AGAUUCCACCCUUCCGGCCCGUGGUUCGUCCGCCGCCUCCACCUUCCGCCCGGCGCCGGCUUUCGGCGCGACGGUCGCCGGGUUCCAUCGUCGCACGGCCCUUGCAGUGCUGGAACCUGCAAUGUCGGGCCCCAACGGGGACCUGGGCAUGCCGGUGGAGGCAAAAGCGGAAGGAGAGGAGGACGGCUUCGGGGAAGCAGAAUAUGCCGCCAUCAACUCCAUGUUGGACCAGAUCAACUCCUGUCUGGACCACCUGGAGGAGAAGAACGACCACCUCCAUGCCCGCCUCCAGGAGCUGCUGGAGUCCAACCGGCAGACACGCCUUGAGUUCCAGCAGCAGCUCGGGGAGGCCCCCAGUGAUGCCAGCCCCUAGGCUCCAGGAGCCCCCAACCAGGCCUCAACCCUGAGUAUCUGGACCAGCCUCUGGCAUAGGCACUCACCCCCUGGCUUAGAUACCUUCUCAAAUGCCGCCUGCCUUGGGCAGCCUCCACCAACUGGCAUCCCCUCUUGAGGCCAGGCGUGGGCCUGUCUGCCCAAUUUCUGGGCACUCCCU